GCCAAUCGAAUUGCCCAAUAUGGUUUCAAACGGCAUUUCUAACGGUACUAAUAGCGUUAAUGGGUAUGCUGCUUUAUCCCCCCUGGAGGUCUUAGUUCAGGAUCUCAACAAGAACACCAUUACGUUGAAUUGAUACCUCCGAGCCAACAAACUUCCCGAGCCUAGCUUCGAGCGGGAUACACCCAUCAUCAACUUAUCACCUGAUGCUCCUGAAGAAGCCCAGAUUGCUAAGGAGAAGCUUCUCGAUAGUGCGUUUCAAAUCUUUCAGCUUGUCUCGGGCCCUGGCGAGUGCUUGCAGAAUGACAUCACAGGUGUAGGUACUCCCGAUACGCAAUGCCUAUAACUUUGAAUAACAGUUAUAGUACUAUUAUAUGGAAAUCCUCUGAUGGAUGAGCCACUUCAAGAUCUUCGAGCUUGUACCCCUGGAAGGCAAGAUCUCUUAUAAAGAACUGGCUUCCAAGGCUGGUGUAUCUGAGCUGCGGCUAAAGACCCUCGCCCGCAUGGGUAUGACAAACCGUCUAUUGCCGAGCCUGAGCCAGGUUUCAUCGCGCACUCAGCUAUCUCCGCUGCUUUGGUGACAAACACCCGAUUCUCUGAUCAGAGGGCCUGGAUGACAAGCAUCAUUGCCCCAGUCAUUGCGUCUAUGGUUAACGCUCAUGAGAGAUGGCCUGAUAGCACUGCUCCCAACAAUGCAGCUUUCAAUGCCGCUUUUAAUACUGAUCUCCGCAUGUAUGAGUACAUUGCCAAGCAGCCUGAUGUUUACAAGCUUUUUGGUCGUGUUAUGGAUGCGAUUGCGACUAGCCCCAAGAGUGACUUGAAGCAUCUUGUUAGUGGCUUUGACUAGGUUGGACUUGGCAAGGCCAGCGUUGUUGAUGUAAGUCUUGUCUAUUUCUCCAUAUCCUAUCAUGUAACGGAAGCUAACUUGUCUCGCGAAAGAUUGGAGGCAUUAUUGGACAUAGCUGCGUGAAGCUAGCCGAAGCCUUCCCCGACCUCAACUUCAUCAUCCAAGACAUUCCUCACGUCGUUGAAGAAGGCGCCAAAGUCAUCAAGGAGAACAACGAGGCCAGCAUCGCCAACCAUAUCCAAUUCCAAGAAUACGACUUCUUCCAGAAGCAACCAGUCGUCGGCGCUGAUUUCUACAUCUUGCGCCAGAUCUUUCACAGCUGGGACUUUUAGAACUCUGUCAAGAUCCUCAAGAACACUGUUGAGUCCAUGGGUCAGCAAUUACACGUGCUGAUCAUGGACUUUGUCGUCCCUGGGCCUGGCACUGUCUCGUCUGUGAAUGAGCGUGUUCUUCGAUCUCGCGAUGUGGGUAUGAUGCAGCUGUUCAACUCCCUUGAGCGAGACCUCGAGGGCUGGAAAGCGAUCUUGGAGGCGGUGGACUCAAGGCUCAAGAUUAAUGCUGUCAACACGCCUUAUGGUAGCUUCAUAUCGGUGAUUGAUGUUGUUCUAGGGUAGAGGAUUAGUAGAUUUGGUUAUACGACUUUAGUUACUUGAUCAAGAUUAGAAAUACGAUAAAAUUGAUCCAACUUGUUCAUUCCUAUCAUUUCUCGAAUUUUUUCUGUUUAUUCAUAUUAUGGAUUUUGUCUGCUCAAAAUUAUCGCGAGCAUCGACGCACAACAAUCAAGGCUUCUGCGCCAUUCGGCCCAGCUGAAAAGAAUCGUGCUAUCAAUGUUAGUAAAUAUCAUUUGCAUUAAUAUCUGUACAGUAAAUAAGUUUGAGUUUAUUAUUGUCUGGACUUAAUUGACUGACAGGUUGUUAGACAAUUGCAGGAAUUGUAUGGUGUCUUUUUGAGACAAAAAGUAAAAAGUGAUAAAAACCAGCUUUUUAAUGUAGAUUGCUAGUUUUUUAAUAUAAAUCGCUAAUUUUA